AUGUUCAUGCAGGAGCUCAAGAAUUAUGUCAUGGGCUGCGACGACCGCAAGUUCAGCAGAGCGACGAUGCGACGUGCCAGAGGUGUGGAGAGCCAACUUCUAUCUGUCGCAGAAACAAUCCUGGUUGUGCCGUGGCGAGCCCGUGUCCUCUCUGCCGAUGACUUGCAUGGGGUGUGGCAUGGCUUUGUGGCAAUGAGAGGCUGGCGCGACUGCCGCGUGCCCCAAGAAUGCCUCAUACGCUUCCUAUCAGGGGCUCUGGGGCAGUUGGAUGAGUCGGUGGCGCAGGAAUGGAAAGAUCAUGCUCUGAACCAAGAGCUGCCUUUAGUGCAGCGAUCGAUCUCCGUUGCGGCCUGGCCCGGGCUUUGUCAGCUUUUGGGGCAGCUCCCAGCUUGCGUAACGGCACAGGAACUCCGGGAAGCGCUCUGGAAGCAGGCAUUUGUCGAGAACCCGACCCGUGCACCAGACCAUCGGAAUUACAAGCGCUUUGCAUUGCUGGCGGCGCAGAUGAUCGCCAUCGGUGUUGAGCUGGAGUCAGACCGUGCGGAGAUGUUGAUUCAGCAGGUCUUGAAUUUGGAGAGGCCCUGGCGAGAGCGAAGGGAUAUGCUGAGUGGCAUUCUAUCUGCUGCCUCCGUGGCGGACAGGAUAAAGGUGGUGCAGAAUCUGGACCAGCGUUUCGAGGCCCAUGCGGACCUCGACGACUUCGAGAUUGUUUGUGGCAUCGCCGAGCAUAUCGGCGUGGAGAUACCGAGGGACGGCGCCAUUCGACGAUGCGCGCUUCGACGAUGGGCUCUGGACACCAAGCGUGGUGGGGCCUUGCCCGUGGCCCGUCUGAUGGAUUUUGUCGACUGCGAUGCGGCGAUCGGUCAGGAUGUGGCAUUGAGCCUCCGGCAACGUGGCCGGAUAGCUGAUGCCGCGAUGCUGCUGUCUCGACUGCCCAUCCCGGAUCAAGGCAACGGCACAGUUGCGGGCCAGGUGGAGAUGGCCCUGGGGGAUGUGGAGCUCGAGCGGCUGCAAGAACUUCUCGCACUUGGAGACGAUGGCGCAGAGGGCGGACAAGGAGAACAGGUCGUGUUUGCGCCGGUGGACUCCUCCGGCUUCCUUCUGCCGUUCCAGGGUCAGGCCAUCACCUCAGCGGAAGAAGCGCUGGAGGCGUGUCAGAGACUGUGGGAUGCACCGGUGCUCUCAGUUCAGGUCUUCCGAGAGGAGGCUCCCUUCUGGCACUGCCCGGCGAGCAUCCUCGCGGUUUGCAGCGACGACUCUGCCGAGCUUUUCGACCUCACUGCUCUUCGUGCCGAGUCUAAGCCGUCGGAACCACGCGAUGCCACUGAGACGAAGCCUGUGGAGAAAGCACCACUGACCACUUUUAGCUUCAAUCUUCCGACCGGCGCCGAAGUCUCCAUUGGCUGGCCAGAUGCUGCUGCGCGCCUGCGGGCCCUGCUGUCCGACCGACGAAGGCUGAAAUGCAUCUGGGGAGGAGAGGAGGAGAUCGUGGACAUUGCCUAUGAGUUGGGCCUCGGCGUUGCCAGCACCCUCAAGCCCGGUGACAAGGAGCCCUUGGGGCCUGUCUUGGAUACGGAGGCUCUUUUCAAGAACCUGCUGGAUGCCGAGGAGGUACAGUGGCCGGUUGUCCUCCGCCGGUUCCUGGGCUUUCGCCUCUGCACAGAGGAGGAAGGCAGCAACUGGGCGAGGAGGCCGCUGCGCCAUUCGCAGCUACACCACAGUGCAGUUCUGACCUGGACCCAGCUUCUCAUGGUACGCGCCAUCUGCGGCCGCGGCCUCGUAACGGAGCCGUUUCUGCGCUCCCACGUUUGUGUUCAGUGCCGUCCGCGACUUUUUGGCCGCAGCCGUGGCGUGGGAAAGCACGUGCUGGGCCAGCUAGCGCCUGCAGGGCGCCUUGCGGCCGAGAACGAGAUCUCCGCGGCUCAGAAGCCCUGGCUUUGGAAGGGCCCCGCUGUGACGACCCGAUCUGGGCCGGUCUCCACCAGAGUGGUUCUCCUCUUGGGGAAGCAAGGGGAAGCCGAUGAAGUUGUCGAAAUGGUCGGCGAGUUGGCCGGCAACACGGCGCAUGUGAUUCCGCUUGGAGGCCCUCUGGAAAAGCAGGUGCGACACAUUCGGCCUAGCCAGCUGCGAAGCUUGAACUCCUGGGACUAUCCUGAGUGGAUCAGCCGCCUCCCGCGCGGAGAUGCGUGCCCCGAGCCGGCGCAGCCCACGCCUGCGCAGCCACAUUCGGAGGUGCUGCCGGCAUUUGCAACGAGGCUGACGCCUUCGAACAAUGCCUCCGUUGCAAGGACAGUGGCCCUCCCCGAUCGCAAGCAGCUGCUGCCGGCGCCGGAUCGGGAAGACAGAUGCUUCAACCUUUGCCGAAGCUUAUUCGACAAGGAGGUCGCCAAGAAAUUGUUGAGUUCAGCCGCAGAUGCUCAGCCACGACAUCUACUUGGCUGCUAUGCAUCUGUGGGUGAAGACUCGGCAGAUGCAAAACAAUGUGGGUUGUCUCAUUUUCGGUUCAUGGCACCCACGGACACGCCACCUCUGGCGCUGGAACCGGAGCUCGAGUGGGUGGAAUACACUCUCAAUGGCGAGCGCGUGAAGCUUGGCGCACGCUCUGGGUCGAGAUUGAGGGCGGUCUGCCGCAUGGCUUUGCCAGGCUGGUUCGGGGACAUGGGCCGGGCCAUCCUCGGCCGGUUCCUGCGCAGCUUCCGCCGCCUCCACAGGCAAGACAACCUCUGGGCGUGGGUGCAGGUGGUGAUAACAGGGAGCACGAUAAUGAUCAUGGUGGUCCAUGAUGACUAUGACGAUGCCAGGGAUGCGUUUGACGAAUGUGACGAAGACGUCGCCAUCAAAAAGCUACACGUGAUGCAGUCCGGCGGAGUCUCUCAGGCGAACCUGGCCGAGUUUCAAAAGGAGGUCAACAACCUUCAAGCGCUGAGGCACGACCGCCUCAUUUGUCUCAUCGGAAUUGCGUACGAGCCACCCGUGCUGUGCAUCGUUACAGAGGCAACGUCGGGUGAGUUUCUGGGAUCCUGGGCAGAGGUGGCACUGGGCCGGCUGAGAUUUCGAGCGACCGUGGACUUGAACGAUGUUGACCAAGGACCCGGCUGUGCCUCUCAAGCCUUGCACUUGGGGGUUGCCGUCUGUGGAACUCAUCUUUGGGCGGGGCUGACCUUGGCGAUGCUCCAAAACCAGGCCCUGCCCAGUGCGGUGCAAGCCGGCCGUCGGUGGGUGGAGCUGUUUGGACAUGGUUUCCGGGCUACAACCCUGCGACGUAUGCUUGAUCUUCCUGGCUUCAGUGAUCUCUUCCUGCUCUCCAUGGUGAACUCAGCCGACGCAUGGACUGUAGCACAGGCCCUGCACCCUGCAGCCAGCGCCAUGGGGUCCUUCAUCGCUCCCUCUGAGAGCCAUCCGCAAAGCAUGACGCUGCCUUGGGCUUUCGCGGACUCGGAUGAGGUUCUCGAUGGCCAGCUUCUCCGGACGCUGCUGGGUGGGCAAGUUGUGGAGCUCGUGGCUGUCCAUGUCGCAGCAUCCACAGCCGGGCUCGUCCGGCGAAUGGUCGAGCUCAGCCUCCACAUCGUGAGCCAGACGACGGUCCUCUGCUUCCUGGACGAAAAGCCUCCACUGGAAAUGGGCGCGAUGGGUUUCGAAGCAGUCCCUGCUCCCUCGCUGCUCCCCGACGCGUCCGGCUGCUACCGGAUUGCUGGGCUUCAAAGAAAGCCCUUGGCUUUCCCAGGAGUUCGCAAAGAUUCGAUCUUCCGUUUCGGGAAGCAUUUGCAGGGCAGCGUCCCCGUGGCCUCGUUGCUUGGUGGCCACCUGAGAGUCUCUGCGCCGAGGAUCUGGCUUGAAGUCGGCUGCAACAACUGGGAGAUGUUGCUCGAGAGCCUCCCCGAGGACGGUUCAGUGUUUCUGCUCACCCUGGAGCCCUUGGUGGACAAGUUCGCUUUUCUUCGGGCACUCCGUCGUCCCCAUCACCUGGUGCUGCCCUUUGCAGUGGCCCCAAAGAUCAUGGGCCACUUCUCCGCCAUCCGCUCCCAGAACUACAGCGACUUCCGUGGUCGUCCCGGCGCCCGCUUUCAGGAGAGUGGCGCCAGUUCUUUGCUGAGCUAUGCCUCCGGGUUCCGGGACCAUCAGUGGGAGGGAGCUGAAGCCCAGUAUGCCAACUUCCGGGAGUAUUUGGUUCCAACGGUGUCCCUGGAGUGGGUGGUCGGAGCCCUCCUCGGGGACCGCGAGGUGGAGUUUCUGAAGAUCGAUGCCCAGGGCCUGGACUUCGGGGUCUUCUCAUCCCUGGGGGACUUCGCGGAUCGCGUGCGGCGGGUGCAGAUGGAGCUGCACCAACACAUCAGGCACGACGGCGAGACACCCUGCAGCGAGGUCGUCAAAGCCAUGACUCUGAAGCAUGGCUUCGUGCCGGUGAAGGGGGCAUGCGCGACCUUUGACCCCAAAGUGCACGACGAGACAGACAUCGUUUUUGCAAAACCAGCUGACUUCUCGUUUGUCCACCGCGACCUCAAAAGCGCCAAUGUAGUGCUGGAUGAGGAGUUGAAUGCAAGGCUUUGCGACUUCGGAAUAACCGAGCCCAUGGAGCGAACCCACAUCAGCCGGCGCGCGGCGGAAGCUGGGUCACCGAGGUAUAUGGCUCCAGAGCUGUUCGAUGGACGUGCCAAACUUACCGAGAAGUUGGACAUUUGGGCCCUUGGCUGCCUCAUCAUCGAGGUCUUGACGAGCCGAACACCACACGAGGAGUGCAGCAAUAUACAGCAGGUUGCGACAAAGCUUCUCGUGCGAAAUGAGGCCCCUUUUCAGGAUGCUUGGUCUGCUGGAUUUCACGCCGAGGUUGUUCGCUUGACCACAGCCUGUUUCUCCCGGGAUGGCACCCGCCGGCCCUCUGCGGCUGAAAUUCUCGAGGCCUGUCUAAGCAGUAUUAAUGGGAAGACCAGAAAGGUCAGGAGAGGUAGAAUCACGUGGGUGAACAAGGAUCGAGGAUUCUGCUGA